AUGGAGAACGACACCAAGCCCAGCGUCGAGAUGGUAGAGAAGGAAAAAAAGGACGUCUCCUUGACUGUUAAUGAGCACGAUGCCACCUCUCUCAUCUUGCUGCAGUCCCUCAAACAGAACUACAAGUCUGUUGUCUUCAGCAUCCUCAUGGCAACUGGCCCCAUGGCCUUUGGCUUCGAUAUCAUCAUCGUUGGCGUUGUCACAGCCUUCCCAGCCUUUCUGGAGAGAUUCGGUGAGCUUCGAGAUGGAAUGCCCAUUCUGCCAUCCAUCUGGCUGUCUCUGUGGAAUGCCUCGAUGCAGAUUGGGUUUAUGAUUGGCUCCGUCAUUGUCGGCUGGGUCGCCGAUCGAUUCGGCCGAAAGGUUUCUAUGAUGACUGGAUCUAUCAUCACUGUGGCCGGUAUCGCGGUCGUGUAUACCUGCGACUUGAGCGAUUCCAUGAACCAUCGCCGUGGUACGUUCCUGGCCGGCAAGAUUGUCAUUGGUAUGGGCUUGAGCAUGAUGGCUACCACUUGCAUGACGUACAAUUCUGAGAUAGUCCCCGUCAAGCUCCGAGGUUUCGCCCUGUCUUUGUUCCAGUUCCAGCUCGUCUUUGGCCAGCUGAUCGCCGCUGUUGUUGCUGGUAGCCAGAUCCCGGAUGGCCUUCAAAGAAUGUCCUAUCGCAUCUGCUUCGCCACCCAGUGGGCCCUCGCUGGCACGGCCUUCAUUUCGGCCCUGAUCGUCCCGGAGUCCCCGGCAUGGCUGCUCCGAAAGAACGACGAGGCCGGCGCCCGCAAGUCUUUUAGUUGGCUGUACAAGCCUUCCCAGGUCGAGGCUGCCAUGGUUGCCCUCCAGUCAACCCUUGAGCACGAGAAACAAGAGCAGGCUGACGCAGCCGACGUCACCUGGUCGGAAUGCUUCAAGGGCCCCAACUUUCGUCGGAUGCGCAUCAUCAUCUUUGCUAGCAUUGUUCAGCAGUUCCAUGGUACCACCUUUGUCGCAAACGGUACCUACUUCAUGAUUAUCGCCGGCCUCUCCCCAGAAAAAUCUAUCAUGGUCCUUGAGAUCGCCUCUGGUCUGUCCCUAGGUGCUAUCAUGAUUUCCUGGUUUCUCGUCGAUUAUCUGGGCCGCAGACGUACCAUCAUGGGCUGCACAGCACUCCUGGCAGCAACCUGGCUCUCUGUUGGUAUCGCUGGCUUUUUCUCAACUCAAGCCGCACUAUGGUAUAUGGGUGUUAUGAUCAACCUCGUCAUGGUCUUUUUCAACAUUGGUUCCGGGCCAGUAAUUCCCAUUAUUGCUUCUGAAACCUCUUCUGUCAGACUCCGUGCCAAAGCCAACGCCGUCGGUUUCAUCUGCAACAGUUUCAUGUCCUGGGUUUUCAACUUUUGUGUCCCUUACAUCUUCAACUCGGACGAGGGCAAUCUUGGUGGCAAGACUGGUCUCAUUUUUGCUGCUCUGUCUGUUAUUGCCUGGGUGGUUUUCUGGUUCGAUCUGCCUGAGAUGAAGAAUCGCACCUAUCUGGAACUGGAUGAGAUGUUUGAGAACAAGGUCAAGACUCGCCAAUUCCGUAAAUAUCAGUGCCAGGGUUCUAUCUAA